AUGUCUGCCUUCGCGCCCGAAGACCUAGACAACGAUUACUCGUACGCCGAAGUCGACCCCGCGGAAAUAUCCACCCCUCCAAUCCCUCAAUCGAUGGGCGACGCCGACGCCUCGCACGGCCGGGGCCACUCGAAUAACCCCCUCUUGGCCAAUAACCCGCUGGUUUCAGAUCUGGAGCAGGAAGUGCUGGAAGAAUACGCCCGAUUGUUGCGGAAUGUCAACCAGCUCUCCGAUAAACUCGCCGACCUCGCCGGCUCCCCCGCCUCCAUGCCACUCGAUGGUCUUCGUCUCCUUGAGCGCAAGACUGCCACUGUAUGCACCUUGCUCAAGGCCAGUGUGUAUAGCAUUGUCUUGCAGCAGCAGAUCUGGAAUGAGAAUGAAGAGCAACAGCAACAGCAGAACGAGGAUCGGCAUUUCCAGGACCACGAAUAUCAGCAUGGAGGAUACGAGGGGGAGGGAGAUAUAACCUUCCAAUGA